AUGAAGUGGGAUAGCACAGCAAGGCCACCCAGAUGUCUUCAUUCCUGUGCAAUUCGAACUUGCGGAGACAAUGAAGAGUUCAAAACUUGCGGAACUGCUUGCGAACCAACAUGCCAAAACCCAUCGCCUGGGGUAUGCACCGAGCAGUGUGUCGAAGAAUGCCAAUGUCUCGAAGGAUUCGUCAGAAACGACGAAGGAAAUUGCGUGAGAGAACGAGAAUGCACCCCAACUUGUGGAGAAAAUGAAGAGUUCAAGACUUGCGGGACUAUGUGCGAGAAAACAUGCUGGUCGCCGAAUGAGAAUAAAAAGUGUAACAAGAAGUGCAACGAGAAUGUGUGCCAGUGCAAGGAUGGCUUCUUGAGAGAGAAAGGCGGAGCUUGUGUUGAGGCUGGAAGUUGCAAGCCUCAGGCGAGAUACAACUGCAAAUUCGGAGACUUGGAGUUCAUCGACCGCUACUCAACCAAGAAAGGACUUUCCCCACUUGCUCCGGGAAAGAGCCAGGUCUUUAUCUGCAAGGACAAGAAAAACAACAGGAACAAGAAGAUCAAUCUUACUUGCGGCGAAUCUGCGGAUAAUGUCGGAAAAUUUGAUCUCAAGAAGGAUUUGAAUCUGUACUUUGAUCACUGUGGAAGUGGUUGCUCAAUGGAUGAGAUUCAAGAGCUUCUUGGGGCGACUGCGGAAAGCAAUUGCGACUCCUUCGAGCCAGGCGCCAAAUGCAAGUUCUCCUGCAUCUCCUCCUCGACUGGCAAAAGAUUCUCAUCGAAAAAGAGCUACAAAUGCCUCUGCAAGGACGAAGACGGCAAACGAGUCUGCUCUUGGAUCGGCAAGUUCAAGAAAGACACCUUCUUCGCUGCUCAAAACGGGGAGCCUUCCAAAUUUUCUUGCGCGUAA